GAAAAAAGAAGUGCUUAUCAGCUGGUAGUUUGCUCGAAAAUCACAAACCAAACCAGAAGAGGUCUCCGCCUCCGGCCAGGUUACGCCCAACCAAUCGCACGCGCACAAUUCCAAGUGAAAACAGUAAACACACAACCCCCGGUCGGGUCGCCCCCGCCGGAGGAGCAACGGAAAAUAAAGGCGCGGUGAUAGAGAGACCAUGCAGGGCGACGGCGAGGUGCUGUUCCUGGGCGGCGCCGGGGAGGUCGCCGUCACCGUCCGACACGACGGCCUCUCCUUCGAGCCUCUCCACCCGGAACGGAAUUCUUCAUGUUGGUCAUCUUUCAGAUUGCAACCAAAAUUAGAGAACAAAAUCAAGUUUUCAGAUGUCUAUGCUGUGCAGCUUCUUGAUGAAGGUCCUGUUUAUGUACCUUGGAAUACAGGAAUUGUUGCCCAAGGCAAGAAAAAUACUGAGAUGCACCGGUUUGCCGUACAUGUAAUCACCAGGUCAAGAAAAUGCCCUUCUGCAUGGGUACCUUGUGAAUAUCUUUUUGGGCAUGGAAACCUGGAUACCUGCAAAAGCUGGGUGGAGCAUCUCAGUGCACGCAUAAAUAAUGAACAGGAUAGGCCCAAGAACCUGCUGGUAUUUGUCCAUCCAGUGUGUGGAAAAGGUAGAGGCUGCAAAAAUUGGGAAACAGUAGCUCCGCUAUUUGACCAAGCGAAAGUAAAUACGAAGGUGAUAACAACAGAAAGAGCAGGACAUGCAUAUGACACCUUGGCAUCACUAUCAGAUAAAGAGCUUAAAAAAUUUGAUGGUGUUGUUGCAGUGGGCGGUGAUGGUUUAUUUAAUGAAAUUUUGAAUGGGCUACUAAGUUCGAGGCAUAAGACUUCUUAUCCCCCAACUCCAGAGGGCUUCGGAUAUUUUGGAAGCAAUGAGAAACCCCAAGGAUAUUCAAACCAUGGGCUAAAUGACAGUCUGCGCACAUCAGAUGCUGUAAACGGCAUGCUCCCUGGGGAUUCAAACAAAUCUGAUGACCAUGAACCUCUCCUUUCGACUACACAAUCUGCUGGAUUAGACAUCUCAUCAUCAAAUCCUAAUACGGAACCAUCCAGUGGAGAUCAAGUGCCUUUAGUCUCCUUCCCAAAUGAUUGGUUUAGGCUUGGCAUAAUUCCUUCUGGCUCAACAGAUGCUAUUGCUCUCAGCACAACUGGGGAGCGAGAUCCCGUGACUUCUGCUCUGCUUAUUAUACUUGGUAGAAGGAUGUCGCUUGAUAUAGCUCAAGUAGUCAGAUGGAAAAGUAGCACAUCAGCUGAGGCCUUACCCACCGUACGCUAUGCUGCUUCAUUUGCAGGAUAUGGAUUUUAUGGAGAAGUUAUAAGGGAGAGUGAAAACUACCGAUGGAUGGGCCCUGCACGUUAUGAUUUUUCUGGAACAAUGGUCUUUCUGAAGCACAGAUCUUACGAGGCAAAAGUGGCUUUUCUUGAGAAUAGGAGCACUCCUUCACUUACAGCAUCAGCAGAGAAUGUUGCAGAUGGAGUACAGCCAUUACAAUCUUGUCAAAAAAGACCUCGGAAGACCAUCUGCCGAACAAAUUGUUCUAUAUGCAAAGAAACUUCAACAUCUGGACAAAAUUCAGGGGACGCGAUCCCAGACAGCUCCCGAAUGAUCUGUAAGAACCCGAAAUGGGUCUGGUCGAAGGGGCGUUUUCUCAGUGUUGGUGCGGCCGUCAUUUCAUGUCGCAAUGAAAGAGCCCCUGAUGGCUUAGUUGCUGAAGCACACCUCUCAGAUGGUUUUCUUCAUCUUCUGCUCAUUAGAGAUUGCCCUCUUCCAUUAUACCUAUGGCAUCUGACACAGUUUACCAAGAAGGGGUCAGACCCUCUGACCUUCAAGUUUGUUGAGCAUCAUAAGACAACGGCAUUUACCUUCAUCUCGUCGCACGAUGAAAGCGUCUGGAACUUGGACGGGGAGCUUUUUCAGGCCUGCGAAGUGUCUGUCCAAGCUUGCCGGGGCCUUGUAAGCCUCUUCGCGUCAGGACCAGAGGUGUAGUAAUGGCUCCAUAAGUUGUAUCCAUUUCUCCAUUAUUUCACAAGGGAGGACAUCGUCGGGAAGUUGGUGUUGUAUGGUUUUGAUCUUUUAAACGUGUAGAGAAGUAGAGUAGACUAUUCGUUGCCCACAGCAUUUAGACAUGGUAGGUACGGAAAUUACAGUCCAUGGAGUAGUAUAUCACUCAAGCCAGCAGAGGAGCGAUCUUUUCCUUAUUUUACCGCAGGCAAAAGGAGGGGUUGUGUAAUUUCCACCAAAAACAGUGGAAUUUCGUGUGUUUUAAUACUGCUAAACUUGCAUUACCUCCUUGUCCGCGGGUGAUUUUGUGAAUCAACGGCACCUGGCCACUUCUCGGUU